AUGAUAACAAUGAAUUACCAACAGAUUCAACAGUUCAUCUACCUCAGCCUGAUUCUGCAGUCUUCGGCGUAUCGGAUUCCGGAAAGCCGUAUAAACAUUCAUUACGGUUCAAGGAAGGUGAACAUAGCAGUGCAGUCAGUAAGUCCGCUAAGCCGGAGACCCAUGUACACUGCAACACUUAACAUUAUGGACGGAUCCAUGACGCUUCCAAUAAUGGCGGUUGCCGAUAUGGAUGAGGAAAGUCCGUCCGAGACAAUGGAAGGAACCUACGUUAGCCCAAGCGUUCGAGGCUUCUUCACUUACAACUUGGUGAGUCGAUAAUUAUUAUAAUGGAUUUGUCAAACGAAAACCGAUUAGAGGAUUUAAUUGUUAGAAACACGCAAACAUUUUAGAACUUGUUUGAUUUUUUUCAGAACACAAAACAAUUCAGUAUUGAUUGGCAAUACACCUACAACUACACAUCUCGUCUUAACUAUGAAGGGCGAGGGAUGGAGCUAUCCGACCUCAAGACUUUUAAUGGCUAUUUAUACUCCGUAGAUGAUAAGACCGGGGUGGUUUUCAGGUAACGCAUGCAUACAUAAACAAUAAAUUUUUAGGUUAACUACUGACAAGGCAAUUCCAUGGGUAAUUAACCCUGAUGGGGAUGGGUUCGAUAAUAAAAGUGAGUUGAUCUAACCGACCAGUUCACUAAAAUCCCGAUAUAAUAAGGUUAAUUAUGCAAAUUGCAGCAUUCAAAACCGAGUGGAUGACGAUAAAAGACGAACACCUGUGGAUUGGAGGCUACGGUAAAGAAUACACUAACGAAGACGGUUCCAUCAGGGAUAAUAAGCCAUUCUACAUCAAGGUAUGAUUUGAAGAUCACUUAUUCGUUUGUUUUGACCGGAUUAAAAACUUCUACAAAAACAUAAUCCACAUUGUUUUUUUUUUCGUGAUCCAAAGGUUCUAUUCAGAUAAUCGACCGGUUUGGGGUAAUACAACAUGUCAACUGGGAAAUGGAGUUCAAAAAAGUUCGAGCUAGCAUCGGAAUUCAAUUCCCGGCUUAUAUGAUACACGAAGCAGUCCAAUGGUCGGACAUUCACAGAAAAUGGUUCUUCCUGCCACGUCGAGCAUCAUUUGAACCGUACACAGACGAAACAGUGCAAUUCAUGAGUACCAAUUACCUUAUCAGUACUGACGAAAACUUUGAAACGUUCGAAGUGGUGAAGGUUGGAAACGUCCACCCUACACGAGGAUUCUCGGCCUUUCAGUUUGUACCCGGUAGGUUGACAUUGCAAGGAAACAUAUCUUUCGCAUCUUUCAGGCUCUCAAGACAACAUUAUCGUGGCGAUAAAAUCCGAGGAAGUCUCUAAUUGGCCAUUAGCAACUUACAUAAUGGUUUUCGGCAUUGAUGGCCAAGUUUACAUGGACGAAACGAAAAUCCCGGGAGACUUCAAGCUGGAAGGCUUGGAAUUCUUCGAUUUCCAGAUCAUGGAAUGUUGUUGA